UACCUAGCACGACGACAACUGUAACUUUCCCCGAGUGAAAUGGGAUCUACACUGGCCUGGUCGCUGCUUGCAAUCGCUGUAAUAACUGUGCCGACGGCAAAGUGUGGUUUCUACUGUCCCGAGGCUGGUUGGCUGGAGUGGGGCGGGUCAUGCUACAUCUUCGGUAUACCGUCCGAGGAUAGAAGUCGCUACUCCAAUGGUUCUGGAUACCAGAACGCAGCCAGCGUGUGUAAGGGAAUAGGGGGCCAUCUGCUGGUGCUGGACAGCUUGGAGGAAGCAGAAUUCGCCGUGGGCAGAAUCACCGCGAGUGCCGACGCCUUCCUGUGGUGCACUACCAGCGGCGAUGGCCAACAGGCAACGUGUGGUGGCGCUGACGAACGCUACUACAACAGCGCAACCGAUAACAGUGGCUUUUGGGACUGGGCCUCCGGGUUUCCGCGGUCGUCCACCUCUCCUCAGUGUGUCGUCUUGAGAACAAAACAACCUCCCACGCUCAUAACGAGCUUUUGCGGCAUCAGUUACACCUAUGCCUGCGAGAAGACCGCUACAUUCGACGGAAUCACCACGGAGGAGCCCACGACCACGGCGGAGCCGCAGGUCACUGCAGUAUAG